UAAAAGACAUUCACCCACUCCUGUAGUAGUAAAAAAAAAAAAAAAGAAAAGAAAAAAGCUAAAGUCUGGUGUGAACGGAGCGUGUGAGAGGUUUUCACCUCUGAGCGGCGGACAAGUUUAAAUGUGCCGCAUGUCAGAGCGCUUUCUCUCCUAGGUGAGGAUAAAACAGUCCAGACUCUGCUGCUUUUGUUGUUAUUUUUCUUCUUUUUUUCUCUCUCUUCUUUUUUACUGGCAGUCUGAGUUAAGCUUAUGACUUUUGACACACUCCGGGAGCGACGCUGCAAAUGGGCGGCAUAGGUGGCAGCCUCUACCUCAGCAUGUUGAAUGGGACUGAAGCGCAAACUCUCGGAAAGAGCGUCGACAUCAGCAGCCACCUCCACCGCGGCGGCAAGGAUCUAGCCGAGUUUAAGAUGGGCAUCCAGGACGCCCGCUUCUACUAUCCGGACUCGGUCCAGGGCGGACAGGACCCUCUGACCCUGCCCUACCACCCGGAGCCGACAAUGGGGGGUUACGGGGCGCAGCCCGGCAGGUUUUACGCGCAGAGCUCCUACGGCGGCGUGCGCUCUCCGCAGAGGAGUGGCGCCGGGCAGGGAUACGUCCCCGCGGCGGGAGAGGGGUUUCCCACUGGAGGUAAAGACCCGGUGUACUCCCCCUCUGCGGAGAACUACCCGGCGGGCUUCCAGCACGGCUACCAGCGGCCUCUCUACCCUUUACCUGGGCUGCAGGUGUGCGGGAAGACCCAGGUUCUGCUAAAUAACUAUCCACUGUGGGCCAAGUUUCACAAGUUCCAGACCGAGAUGAUAAUCACCAAGCAGGGCAGGAGGAUGUUUCCCUUCCUGAGCUUCAACAUCAGCGUGCUGGAUCCGUCUGCCCACUAUAACGUCUACGUAGACGUGGUUCUGGCUGAUCAGCACCACUGGAGGUACCAGGGAGGCAAAUGGGUCCAGUGUGGGAAAGCAGAGGGAAACAUGCCAGGGAAUCGGAUAUACAUGCACCCUGACUCUCCUAACUCAGGGGCUCAUUGGAUGAGACAAGAAGUGUCAUUCAGCAAGCUUAAGCUCACCAACAACAAGGGCAGUACCAACAACGUGGCACAGAUGAUUGUGCUCCAGUCGCUCCACAAGUACCAGCCACGUCUUCACAUAGUGGAGGUGAAGGAGGACGGCUCAGAGGACCCCUUCCUGUCCUCUAAAGCUCAGACGUUUGUCUUCCCAGAGACGCAGUUCAUUGCUGUCACCGCUUAUCAGAAUGCAGAUAUCACUCAGCUGAAAAUAGACCAUAACCCCUUCGCAAAAGGUUUCCGCGACAAUUACGACACGCUCUACGCUCCUCCUGACUCUGAUCGCCUCACCCCUUCCCCUACAGAGGGCCAACAGUUGUUACCGGGGACCUGCUACCCACAGAGCUACCUUUCUGAACAAUAUAUUAGCCCCCUGUCGCAAACCCGCUUCUAUGGCCGUGAUCACAUCGGCAUGGGCCAGCAGCACAAAGACCCGUCCUCUAGCCCUGGACCCCACAGUCGCUGGUACCUGCCCCCACAGCAGAACUUACCACCGAACCGGCUUGACUUCACAUCCUCCUAUGAGGGGGACUUUUCUGGAAAUGGCUUCUACAAGCCGUUCCCCCUGCAGACGUCCGCUCACCAUGCCCUCAGCUACUACCCAGAGCAUCCUUUUGCGUCGAGCAGCGUAUCAGUAUCAGCGGCCGGGUCAGCAGGAUGGAGCACUAGCAGGCACACCCCACAGUAUCCCAGCAAACCCGCCCCCAGUCUGAGCUGGUUCAGACCCAUUUCGUCCUCCUCUUCCUCCUCGUCAUCUUCCACGCCCCCCGGGAACCCCAGGCUGCACCCACCCUCGCUCCUGGAGUCCCUGCAGCCGCCCGUGCUGCAUGAAAAGCCGAAAGACCUCACCGGAGUGGCAGCGGAGGACCCCUGGCUCGAGCCACCCUCCGUCAAAUCAGCAGACUCGGCUGACUCAGGCAUGUUUGAGGGAAACAAGAAGAGGAGAGUCUCGCCCUACACGUCCAGCACUGAAAACUCCCCACCUCCGCGUGCUGGGGAGGUCUGUGAGAAAGACAGCAACAGCGAUCCAGACUACUACGGCUAUUACACCCACUGAGGGCCUCCCGUUUCAUCACAAACUUUUCCUAACGCCCUCUCACAGCGCCCUGAGUCUGUCCGGUCUGCCAGGUCCUCAUGAUGGAUUGAAACAAACAGAACCACAAAAUAUAAGCCCUCAGAGUGAAAAACAUCCACACCGUAAAGUUUCACCUCACAAGAGUCAAAUGAUCACAGGAGGAACUCUUAAGGACAGUAGCAAAGUGAACAAAAGUGGAUGUGACUGGGACUCUGGCCUACAGUCACAUAAACACCAAACAGACAUACAGAGGUGUGACUGAAGUCUUUGAAACAUCUGGAGAUUUAAGAGGGGAAAAAAGCCCAAACAUCUGCAUAUCUGCUUGCUGACAGAUGCCUGCAGGAAUUGUCUGUUCUUUCUGCAUCAAACCCACUCCGGCUGCGGUGCCAUGUCUCGUCUGUGUCUUCCUUCGCACCUUCAACCGUUUACACAUUUCUUCACGAUGUGCUCACGUUCAUUUCUCCUGGUGAUUCUAUGCCGAAACUGGUUAGCAAAAAAAAAA